CUUGGAUUUGAGUGAAGCUUCUGUAUUUGUUUGAUUGAUUGCAAGGAAUUUAAUUUUAAUAAAGUGGCUUAAUUUGAUGAGCAUCAUGUCAAUGGCAACUUCUGAGGGUGUUCUGCAAGUUUUAUCUGGGGCUGCCCCUCGGCUUUUAAGUAGUGAUCUGGGUUCUAGCAAUUCGGAUUUAGCAUUGUAUUCUAAAUGCCACUUUAAAUCUGUGAAGAACAAAGGCUCAAGGUAUUUCAAAUCUCUCAAGUGUUCGAGUAUGAUUAGAUGCCAUAUCGGAAGUUAUAACUAUAGGCGAUUAGUUGGUGGUUUCGAUCGGAAUGCAGCAAUUAACAGAUUGAGGCUUCUUGGCUGCAAAUGCCAGCAGGCUGACCAUGGGAGUGGAGUAGGUAUGGAUGAAGGAAAUGGGGCUCGGUUUGUGGAUAAUGCGAAUGAAUCGAAUCUUAGUGGUUCAAUGAACUCGCAAAAAAAGUUGGAGUUUGAGGAUUCUGAGCGGUUGAAGAGGGAAAAAGAAAUGUUGGCAUCAGCUGGAACAGGCACAACUACCUUUUACAAGUCUGGGAUAGAUUCCAUUGAGGAUGAAGCAUGGUCGCUAUUACGAGAUUCUAUGGUUUACUAUUGUGGCAGCCCUAUUGGAACAAUCGCUGCCAAUGAUCCCACUGAUUCCGGUGUGUUGAAUUAUGAUCAAGUCUUUAUUCGUGAUUUUAUACCUUCUGGUAUUGCACUUCUAUUAAAAGGAGAGUAUGACAUUGUUAAGAACUUCAUACUCCAUACGCUUCAGUUACAGAGUUGGGAAAAAACAAUGGACUGUCAUAGCCCUGGCCAGGGAUUGAUGCCUGCAAGUUUUAAAGUGCGUUCAGCUCCUCUUGAUGGUGAUGAUUCGGCAACCGUGGAGGUAUUGGAUCCUGACUUUGGAGAGGCAGCUAUUGGUCGUGUUGCUCCUGUUGACUCUGGAUUGUGGUGGAUUAUAUUACUACGGGCAUAUGGAAAAUGCUCUGGAGAUCUUUCGCUUCAGGAUAGAAUUGAUGUUCAAACUGGAAUCAGGAUGAUUCUGCGACUAUGUCUUGCUGAUGGUUUUGAUAUGUUCCCUACGUUAUUGGUUACAGAUGGUUCUUGUAUGAUAGAUCGACGCAUGGGAAUUCAUGGACACCCCCUGGAAAUUCAGUCACUUUUCUUUUCAGCAUUAUUAAGUGCACGAGAAAUGCUUACGCCAGAGGAUGGAUCAGAUGAUCUUACUCGAGCACUGAAUAAUCGUCUGAUUGCUUUGUCAUUUCAUAUCAGAGAAUAUUAUUGGAUUGAUUUGGUAAAAGUUAAUGAGAUUUACCGUUACAAGACUGAAGAGUAUUCGUUUGAUGCUGUUAAUAAGUUCAAUAUUUAUCCGGAUCAAAUUUCUCCUUGGUUGGUAGAGUGGAUGCCUCAUAAAGGAGGUUACCUGAUUGGCAACUUACAACCAGCUCACAUGGACUUCAGAUUCUUUUCUCUAGGAAAUUUUUGGGCUAUUGUCAGUGGUCUUGCAACAACUAACCAGUCACAUGCUAUAUUAGAUCUUAUUGAAGCUAAAUGGGCAGAUUUGGUGGCUGAAAUGCCAUUUAAGAUCUGUUAUCCUGCUCUUGAAGGUCGGGAGUGGCAAAUCAUUACAGGCUGUGAUCCCAAGAACACGCCUUGGUCCUAUCACAAUGCUGGUUCUUGGCCGACUUUACUAUGGCAGCUCACAGUCGCAUGCAUAAAGAUGAAUAGACCAGAAAUUGCGGCAAAAGCUGUUGCGGUUGCCGAGAAACGUAUUUCAAGUGACAAAUGGCCUGAAUACUAUGAUACUAAAAAAGCAAGGUUCAUCGGAAAACAAGCACGCCUGUUUCAGACCUGGUCUAUUGCGGGAUUUCUGGUGGCAAAACUUCUGCUUGCAGACCCAAAUGCAGCUAAAAUGUUGACAACCGAAGAGGAUUCUGAACUUGUCAAUGCCUUCUCUAGCUUGGUCUGUGGUAACCCAAGAAGAAAACGUGGUCCCAAGACAUACAUAGUAUGAGUUCCGAGUAUUUGUGUUCAUACCUGAUUUAUGUUACAUUUAUCGUCUCUAAUGGCCAUAAUUCAUAAUUGGCUGUUCAAAGAUCCUUAUAUUUUUAUUUAUUUGAUUAGGUAAAGCCUAAUUGAUACAAUAACCCCAUACAUGUAUCAUAAUAUUUAUAUGUAAAGACUGU